AUGUUAAACUACUUUGCUCCAUCAUCUCUCUCAGUCCCAAUCAUCAGUGGCCCAUCACAGGUUGAUCAACAGAAGAUCAAGCACAGACACAACAAGUGGUCUCCUUCUGAAGAUGAAAAAUUAAGAUCACUCGUCAUUUCAUCAAACAAGCUUAACUGGCGCUUGAUUGCCCUCAACAUUCCAAACAGAAAUGCCAGACAGUGCCAGGAAAGAUGGAACUACUACCUUUCUCCAAAUGUCAACAAUGGCGAAUGGACAAAGGAGGAAGAUGAACUUCUCUAUGAGAAAUACAGAGAAUUCGGAACCAAAUGGCAACAGAUUGCUAAGUUCUUCCGUGGCAGAACAAACACAAACGUCAAGAAUCGUUUCCUUGCUCUCGAAAGAAAGGCUCAGAGACUCGAAAGUGCCUCAUCUUCAUCCUCAUCAGAAGAUAACAUUGAGUCAGCAUCUCCAGCUCCAAAGUUCAUUAUUCCUUCGAUUCUUUCUCUCGGAGUCAGCUUUCCAUCAGAUUUCUCACUUCCAAUCCGCAAUUAA